AUGCUCAAAUCCCUUGUGUUCAGCCUGGUGGCUGUCCAAGCGGCAAUGGGCUUGAGAUUCGCCAUGUACAUCGAUCAGUACCACACUGUUGAUCUCCCAGGUAGCGACCAGACCCAGGGCGUUACACACGCCAUCAUGGCUUUCGCUCCAUCUAAGCAGUUCAACAGCGACUCUUCGUUCACUCCCUUUGACACUGUCGAGAAUAUGCGUAAGCGCUUCGCCCCCGACACCAAGGUUAUGAUCGCCAUUGGUGGAUGGGGCGAUACCGCUGGCUUCUCCGAGGGAGCCAAAGAUGAAGCCUCUCGAACCAAGUAUGCGAAGAACGUUGCAGCGAUGAUAAACAAUCUGGGCUUCGACGGUGUUGAUAUCGACUGGGAAUACCCCGGCGGCAACGGCGACGACUACAAGAAGGUCCCCAACUCCCAGAAAACCGGCGAGAUUGAGACGUACCCGCUCUUCCUGCAGGCCAUCCGCGACGCCAUUGGCAAGGACAAGAUCCUGUCUGUUGCAGUCCCAGGUAAACGCGGCGACAUGAUUGCCUUCACAAAGGAACAAGGACCCAAGAUCUGGUCGGCCGUCGACAUGGUCAACGUCAUGUCGUAUGACUUGAUGAACCGCCGUGACAACGUGACGAACCACCACACCGGCGUGGCCGGCUCUCUGGAUACCAUCAAGGCGUACGAGGAGAUCGGCCUCGACCCGGCCAAGAUGAACCUGGGAUUCGCGUACUAUGCCAAAUGGUUCACGACUGAUCCGAACAGCGACUGCGCCGAGCAGCCGAUCGGAUGUGUCGUCGUUCCGCUGGAGAACCCUGACGGAUCGGACCCGGGCAAAUCUGGCACCCUGACCUUCGAGAAGAGCACCAUGGCUGCUCCCCCGGAUAACCUGAGGACCAGCACGGAUGGAACCUGUGGCUAUGGCAAGGGGACCAAGUGUCCGUCUGGAUCGUGCUGCAGUCAGUAUGGAAACUGCGGCACCGGCGAUGACUUCUGCCAGGCAGGCUGUCUCUCCGACUAUGGCGAGUGCAAGGGCAUUUCCGUUACUGAUUCCUGGCGCCGCGCGCUCAAGGACGGCAAGACGGAUGAGGAGGCAGGCGGACAGUACUACUGGGACAGCACGGCCAAUCUCUUCUGGACCUGGGAUACUCCUGCGAUAAUCGACCGCAAGUUCAAGGAUAUCGUGGAUGCCGAGAAGCUGGGCGGUGUCAUGGCUUGGAGUCUGGGUGAGGAUACUCUGAACUGGGAGCAUCUGAAGGCGAUGCAGAACGGCCUUAGGCAGUAG